AGGAUGUAUUUUGGGUUGCCUGACAGAACGUGCGAAGCCGAGGCGGGUAGAUAGUUUCAAAUAAAAUAUCGCUACUUGCUGAGAUCACAAAACACGAUUUCUUUUCCAUGGAUACAAUCACAGAUUACUAAUUAGUGUUUGAUAUAGUAUGACAGCUGAAUAAGGUUGACAGUUCUCUUUAUCAUGGCAUUUGAGUAAUCAAGUGGUGGGAAGGUGACGUACACAAACAAUAUAUGGAAAAUGUUCGAAUACAAUACAUGAGCAAAUAAUUAAUGAAAAUUAUAAAACAUAAGAGGCCUCCAAACAUAAAUAUCAUUGUGUUAAUAUCAACAUGUCACAAAUGAGAAGUAAUUCCGUUACUGAUGAAAAAACAAGUAUACAUGAUAUGUUAAAAGAGACAUCACCUAAUGAAAAUCACAAUAAUGUAGUUCCUGGAAUAAAAACAAAUCCCAUUUGUCCAUAUUCCCGGUCUGUUCCCACUGGAUUAUCAUCUUGUACCAGUUCUCCUGCCAUUCUUACACCUACCUCUCCCAUAUCCAAUGAUGAUUCUACAAUCCUCAAAACGUCAUCUAGAAUUGAAAAUAUUAAAAAUUGGUCAAUUUCCACAUAUAAAUGCACCAAGCAAUUGAUGUUUGAGAAACUUGGAAAAUCCUCAAGAACUGUUGAUGCUGAACUUGAAAUGCAAAUUAACCUUCUCCGAGAAACUCAGAAGAAGUAUUGUCAAAUCUUAAGAUUAGCCCGUGUAUUGGCUAAUCACUUUUACCAUGUUGUUCAAACUCAGCAUGCAUUAGGUGAAGCUUUUUCUGAGUUAGCUCAAAAGUCUCCUGAACUCCAAGAAGAAUUUCUGUAUAAUGCAGAAACUCAACGAAAUUUAACAAAAAACGGUGAAACUUUAUUGGGAGCUUUGAAUUUCUUCAUUUCAUCUGUAAAUACACUUUGCAAUAAAACAAUUGAAGAUACAUUACAAUCCAUUAGACAUUAUGAAAAUGCUAGAAUUGAAUAUGAUGCUUAUCGUACUGAUUUAGAAUCAAUGUCAACCAAACCUGAUGGCACUGCUGGCUUAGAAGAAGCUCAGCAAGGGUUUGAAGCUCAUAGAGAACAAUUCAUGAAACUUCGUGCUGAAGUUACUAUAAAAAUGAAAUUUCUAGAUGAGAAUAGGAUCAAAGUGAUGCACAAGCAACUUCUUUUAUUCCAUAAUGCUAUAUCUGCUUAUUUCUCUGGUAAUCAGACUGCCCUGGAGGCCACACUCAAACAAUUCAACAUUAAAGUAAAAACACCAAAUUCAACUUUUCCUUCAUGGCUGGAACAGUAAACCAAGUUGUAGAUUGACUCUUCAAGAAAGGGUUUUGCUAGCAUGUACUUAUUUUAUAUAUAGGUUAUUCAAUUGGAAAGCCGAUUUUUUGCCAGUAUUGUGUAAAUUGUAUGUCACAAUUGUAGAAUGCGAGUGAAGUUAUUUUCAGGGAAAAUCUACUGGAAAAAAAUAUCUGGAUAAGAAUUCAAAGAUGCCAUUUUAUUUAUUUAACUACUCAUAUAUUCAAUAACAAAAUAAACUUGAUAGCUUUAUCGGAUUAACCAAAUUUAUUAAAUUAUAAUGAAUGAUGUCUUGUUAACACUAAACUUCAUGGUUUUACAUGAGAUGUAGUGUUGCUGAGAAGUGUGUUAGUGUCCUUAAUUUAUUUUAUCUGCAUAGCCACCUAUUGAAAAUAUCGAAUUUUGACUAAUAAAAUCAAUAAACAAAUAUGUUUGUAUUAUAUUCCUUAUUCUUGGUUAUUUUGCCAUUCAACUGCAUUGCAUUGUAAACUCUGCUUAUUGACUUUAAAGACUUGGAAUUCA